AUGGCGGAACGAGUGACGCGUUCAAAGACCGGGAGCUCAGCGAGAAAGCCUUUCAAUCCCGGCUUCGUCGAGACCCCAGGACGCAAGCGACGAACGCGCAAGUCCGCUUUACCGACCGGCGACGACUACGACUCCGAAUCUCCCGCCCCCGAGCAGUCUUCAAUCAAGCUCAGCAACCCCAUCGACGAAGACGAGGACACCGCCAGCAAUGCCCACGGCGACAGCACAAGCAAUGGCUUUGCAAACGGCGCUCUCAAGCCCAGCCACAAGCAAAAAAGCACGUACAAAAAUCUUCCGCUCGACGACCCCCGCGUCGACGCAAACCCGCACUUCGAGUUUGGCGGCUCCUUGGGCGUGCUGGCCAUGAUGCUCGGCUUCCCCGUGCUGAUGUGGUACAUGUGGAUCGGGGCGACGUACUACGACGGGCGUCUCCCAUGGCCGGCGCCCGACCAGCCUCUCUCGGACUUUGGCAAGCAGCUCGUGCAUCUAGCGUAUACAGGCGCGUUCCCGCACGCGCGCGCCUGGGUUAUCUACUGGAGCUUCUUCAUAUUCGAGAUGGGCUGUUAUCUCUACAUGCCGGGCAUCUACGCCAAGGGGAAGCCGCUCCCCCACCUGGGCGGAAAACAGCUUGACUACUACUGCUCCGGCGUGUGGAGUUUCUACGUCACUAUUGUCCUCGCGCUCGCGCUGCACUACACCGGCGUCUUCAAGCUCUACACCCUGAUCGACGAGUUCGGGCCCCUGAUGUCCGUCGCCAUCAUCUCCGGCUUCCUCGUCUCCUUUGUGGCCUACUUCUCUGCCCUAGCGAGAGGCGCUGAGCACAGGAUGACCGGCUACCCCAUCUACGACUUCUUCAUGGGCGCAGAGCUCAACCCCCGCCUGCUGCACUGGCUCGACUUCAAGAUGUUCUUCGAAGUGCGGCUCCCCUGGUUCAUCCUCUUCCUGCUCUCCCUCGGCGCCGCAGCACGGCAGUACGAGACCCUCGGCUACGUCAGCGGCGAAGUCUGCUUCAUACUCAUGGCGCACUUUCUGUACGCUAACGCCUGCUCCAAAGGCGAGGAGCUCAUCGUCACCACCUGGGACAUGUACUACGAGAAAUGGGGCUUUAUGCUGAUUUUCUGGAACCUGGCCGGGGUACCUCUGUCCUACUGCCACUGUACCAUCUAUCUCGCGAACCACCACCCAGAGACUUACAAGUGGUCGAGGCCGGCGCUCGUGGCGCUGUUCGCCGCCUACCUCUUCGUCUACUGGGUCUGGGACACCUGCAAUUCGCAAAAAAACAUGUUCCGCGCUCAGGAGCGCGGAGGGGCGCUCCACCGCCGCACUUUCCCGCAGCUGCCCUACAAGCACAUCACGAACCCGCGCACCAUCAAGACGUCGACCGGCGACUCCCUGCUCUGCGACGGCUGGUACGGCAAAGCGCGCAAGAUCCACUACGCGUGCGACCUUUUUUUCGCGCUGAGCUGGGGGGCCAUCACGGGCUUCAGGAGCCCGUUCCCGUGGUUCUAUCCGGUGUUUUUUGCGGCCAUGAUUUCACAUCGCGCGUGGAGGGAUAUUCAGAAGUGUAGGGAGAAGUAUGGGGAUGCGUGGAGGGAGUAUGAGAGGAGGGUGCCGUAUUUGUUCAUCCCGUAUGUUAUAUGA